AUGCGAAAAGUACUGGUGGUGAUUUGGUUGGUGGUCGGCGCGAGGCUCCGCCCUGCGUUCGGACCGAAUGCCUUGGUUAGUAUUUCAGUCAGAGUUGGUAUGUGUGGUCACUUCAGAUAA